AUCAAACACACUGAUCAAAUAGCGAAAUUCGGAAUUCCUCGUCAUGGAGAUUGGACGCAGUUACAUUUUUUGUGGACGAAUCAGGCUCCCAUUCUGAUUAACAUUAACGUUGACUGGCAAUCGAAUACAAACGGGUGAGAAUAAUCUUUAUAGAAAAUGGCUCACAUGUUAGGUGGCAAGUACUGCUUGGAGAGUCUUGGUAGAGAUGUAGGUGAUUUGCAGUCUGCUGUGGCAGAUGCUCUCUCCAGGGUUGGUCCUGUGAGGUAUCCCUCUUGGAAGUUCCCAGACAAGGUAUCUUCAGAUAUUGAGAUAGAUGAACUCUUGGAGGAUUAUAAGUUCAGUGAAGAUGAAGAAGAUAAUCAAGUGGCACAUGUUAUGCUCUUUGAGCUUGUUAUUGACAGGAUGGUCCUGCUUCUGCAGAGCUUUACACGGUUUGUAGAGCAGCUGAUUCAGGGCUCAGUUGGAAGACCACCAACUGCCACACCCAUGGGUACACAGAUGUCUAUAGGACUAGUGGUUAAGAAGUUCUGGAAUAAGAUUGUUCAGUUGAACAGCAUCACACAGAAACUGAGUGCAGAGAGUAAAUCUAAAGGAAGGACAAUAAGUAAACUAGAGGUCAUUAAUGUUGAACUGCAAGAGCAAUUACGAAAGACAAUGCAAUCCACAAGCAUGUCAAGUCACCUCUUAGACAGUCAUGUAGCAUUUGCUCAAGAUGGGGACAGUGAUGAUCAGGGGUUAAUGACUUCUGGAGUACCCACUCCAUUAAAAUCACAGAUGGCAUUAGUUACACCACAGCCUAGUCAUCAGCAAGUCAUAGCAAUAGACACUAGGACAACAUCUUCACAGACACUAGAGACUGCCUUUGUACCUUGUGAAACAUGUGAGCGGGUUCAGUUAUGUUUGAAAGAUGUGGGAGAAACCAUCACAGAGGUGUGCCACUCGCAGAAACUUCCAUCGUCAAUCGCUCGACAUCGGAAGCAGCUUCCAGGGGAUGUGAUGUCAGCAAUGGAUGUUAGCCGAUGGGCCACCGAACAGAACAAAGAUCUGGAGAGAAUCAAAGAUCACUUGAGUGACUUGAUGGCACAGAUAGAACCCCUUGAAACAAAGCUUGCUGCUUCACAGGAUGCUUGUGAGAGACUGACAGAAAAUGUAAGUCAGAAGGACAAAGAUCUUAGGAGUGCCAAGGUGUCCCAUGGGACAGAAAUCAAACAGUAUGAGGCUAAGGUCAAGGAGAUAGAGCGCCAGCAUGCAGAAUCUAUCAUGGUGGUGAAGAGAAGCUACGAAGAGGCACGAAGCGGCAAGAAAAAAACUGAGGAAGAACUGACUAAACUCAAGAGAGAGCUUCAGAGGCAGUUUGAAGCUCUCAAAGAACUAGAGGGAGUGCGUGAGGAGCUGAACCAGACCCUAGAUGCUAACAUCAGCAACCAGGCAUCGGUCAAUAGACUAGAGAGUCAUGUGAACCAGCUAAGUCAGCAGCUGAAAGAGACCCAAGAACAGCUGACAGAGUCUAGUAAACAACUGGGCAAAGAACAGGCCAAGAACCGUAGUAUUGAUAAACAUGGGCAGGCCCUUCAAAGUAAGCAUGAUGCUCUGGUUCAGCGAGUUGAGGAGUUAGAUCAGGAAUGCCAGGAUCUUAGAGAGGGUCUAGCUGAUGCUGAGGAUGGCAAGGAGGAGGCACUGGAACAACUCAAAGUUACUCAGAGUGAGCUUCAAGGAUUGCAAGAUGAGCUCAAGACCCAACAGGACUUGGUGGCAACCAUCAUGGAAGAGAAGAAGUUCAUGGAAUCAUCAGUUGGUGAUCUUCAGACCAUGAUCCUAGCUCUAGAAGAACAGCUGAAAGACAGUGAAGAGAGAGAGAAGAUGCUUGUUCUUUACCCAGAUAACAACCCUGGAGUAGUGCCUGCACCACAGAGAGCUGAUGGUGACAGUGCUAGUGGCAUGGGCCAGCAAGUACAGACAAAUAACUUGAGGAUACAGAUCCUAGAGGAACAGAACAAUCUCUUACGGAAUAACAUUGAUAAGCUCUUAGCUGGACAAGGACCACAGGGGCAGUCUGGACAGGUUAAUGGUCCAAAUAUUCCAUUAUGGCAAGCAGACACACUGAAGCAAGCCAAGCAGUCUGUUAGUGUCAACAACAACCAUGCCAAUGCUAGGUUAGGCAAGUCUCCAAGGUCACCACGAGGUCAUCUAGAACCAAUCCACAUUCCCAAUGGUCACCAUCCAUUGCAAGAGCAUCUUACCGAGGAGGAGGUCAUAGCCAAGUACACAAAACAAAGUAGUAAGAAUCGUCAGUACAGUCCUUCAUCGGAAGAAGCUACCAGCUAUCAGAUACCUCCAAGGCCGCCCUCUAGUAAAGGCAACAGGAACAAGAGCAAACCAAAAUCUGGAGGUAAGAGGACAUCUAGUCAGAGUGGUGUAAAUGUAACCAAGCUUUCUGCUACCACCAAUCCUAGCCUUCAUGCGUAUCGAACACUCAAAGGCAGUGGGGCUAUUAAAACACAGUCAGUUGUCAGAAGCACAGAUGGCCCUGACCUCUUUGUUGGAAAUCGAACCCCAGUUAAAAGUCGUCAUGCCAUGCAGCAGUCCCGGAAGACUCCUGACAUCCCUGCAAGAUCUGAAGGUACCCAAUCAAGAAACAGCUACUAUGAGCCACAAGAUACAUUCAUCUGCCAUCAGUGUGAUAAGAUGUACGAUAACAAACGGGACUUGGAUAUUCAUAAGUCGUACUGCUAUCCGUAGUAUUCAUUAUGGUUCCAAUGGUUGAUUUUGGAGUGGGAUUGAAAUGUUGAUAUGGUCAUUAAGCUAAUUAUUAGUUUACUAUAAGAGACAAUUGUUUUUCUGAUUUCCAUCCUGGGGCCGUAUUCUGAAAAUUGUCUUAAGAGAAAUAUUCUUGUAUCUUUAGAGUAACAAUAAAAUCCGCAUUCUGAAAAUUCUUGUAUCGUUUCUUGUAAAUUUUCUUGUAACUUGUGCUAGGCGCGUAUGAUGUCAGAGCUAGAAUUAUGCGUAAAGUUACAAACGGGGCAUAAAUAUCUCUUUGCGAAAGAUAACAUAUCAAGAUAAAAGGUAUUCUGAAAAUUAUCUUAUCUUUGCGUUCUGUUAACUUCUUUGCAAAAUACAAGAAAGUUUACAAGAGGUAGGGGGCUAUUGUAACUUAUUGUUGCAUGCAAUAUUUCUCGGUCAGCAAUAAUAAUUUCUUGCUGCAUCCCGCAAGAACAUCAUGUUUUACAAAAGGAGACAUUACAAAGACAUUAUAACGACGGAUUGGUAGACUUUUCAGCAAUUGAAAAUUGGCAUUUGAGAUGAUGAAUCUUUUCAGAGAAAAUAUGAUUCUGAGAAAAGCCACGUACAGGCAUUUUCGUCGGUGGCGCAAAGGAAAUUACGCCGCAUGUGAGCAAUGCGCUUAAUUAUUUUUUAGAAGGGACGCUUCUAUUGGUUGAUUGAAGCAUAUAAAAAGUUUAAUGGUUGGUUGAUGACAAAAUAUUAGGCGUAUCAGACAUAAAAUCGGGAACGUCCUUACAGAGAUAAGACAAUUUUCAGAAUACCAAUUUAAGAGAAUUAUAGCAAGUUACAAGAAAAGUUAAGACAAUUUUCAGAAUACCACCCCUGAUUUAUAAUUGCUGGUGUGUAUUAAUUUCCACUAUGAGGAGGAUAAGUGUAUUAGGACCUAAAUUUUAAUGUUUUUUUUUGUUGUAAAUUCCAACCAAAUAAGUCAAUUUCUAGGCCCCGUAGUUCUCUUCACAUGCCAAAUAUCAUUUCGGGUGAUAAAAGCUUGUAUUUGGUCAUGGCUGCCACAAUGAUUUAAUGAUUGAGAAGAUGUUCUUCUGAGAUAGGAGAUGUUGAUUCCCCGGCUUGUUUCAUGAAGCUGUUCAUAAAAAAAAAUGUUUUUGUUUUUUCCCCCAGAGAUUUUCAAAUUUAUAGUGUGAAAAUGAUUUACCCCAAUUAUGCUACAGCAAUGGAAAUACUUUUAUGUUGGUGAGCAGAUGAUAAGCAUCAUUUCUUUAAAAUAGUAUGAUCAAUUAAGAUAUUUACAGUUCUUUGUACAGAUCACUGAGAAUUCGUACCAACCAAUAUUUAUGAGGAUUAAUUUGCUUACAUGGUCAAUAUGAAAGUUGUUGAUUUAUCUCUCAAUGCAUUGUUUGGCACUGAUUACUAGGUUAAGAGUAAACAAUCAUGAAGGGAAACCCAGAUUGUGGGUAUGACAGCUUUCCUUUCAUUUCCACUUCAGGACUGUGUUUGUGUGUGCAUGUGCAAGUCGUGACAGUAUUGCACACAGCAUUCAGUUUUAGUUUAUAAGAUUGGUAGAACAGACUUCGCUUGUGGAUGUGAUGGGCAAUUUGAAGUUCAACAGUUUUCAUCGAUUUUUCUAGUUUAUUCUUGAUUU